UACGUAUGUACAUAUAAAACAUAGAGAUUAAAUACAUAUAUCUAGAUACAUAUCGAUACGUACGAUAGAAAAAUCGUUACCAUUGUUAAAUCGCUUGAAAUUUGUCAAGGGUCGCUAUUACGAUCGAAUUCGACUUAAAAAUAGAACAAAGAAACCGGGGUCCGUUGCGAAUAUAGAAAUAUGUCAACUAUCGUUAACGAAACUUUGCAAAAUAAUUUCGAAGAGGAAGAGGAAGAGGAAGAAGAGAUUUACGAUGUGCAACCUGAAUUUCUAGAAUUGGAUAAUCGUAUUAUUUGGAUUAGAGAACGGGUAUUAAAUUUCUUAGGGUUAUCUGGUUAUAAAUACCUUUUUAAUAAUUUAAUAGAGGCAAACAAUAGAUAUUUUGAGAAAAAAUUAAUAAAUUUUUUAAGUCAUGAUUUAUAUUCAUUUACAACUCUCGAAAGGAAGAUAAUUUUCUUUUACAAAACAUAUUCAGUGGAAACGGUUCAGGAGGAAAUAACAGUUUGGGAAAGAAAAAUUGAAAAAUCGAUCAGUGAAAAGAAGAAAAGGAAAAGAAGGAAACUAAUGAAAGGUAAAAAUAAAAUUAAUUCAAUUAAAAGUCAAAUUAAAUUAUCUUCUAUGAGUUUUGAAUCGAGUAUAGAAUCCACAUCCAGCGAACAAGAAAUAGAGGAUGAAGAGGAAGAAAGUUUAAUGAAAGCAAGCGGUGAUAUUUCAAUAGAUUCUAUAAGAAUAGAUGAUGGAAUUGAUGCUCCAGAUUUUGUUCCACCGAUUGGCGAGGAAGAUAAAUACAUCUUGACGAAGAAAAUAGUGGACAAAGAAAUAGAAAAACCAAUUAUUCACAUUAUAUGCGGAGAAAUUGAUUCAAAAUCUUUUGAUCUAAAAGAUAUAAACUUUUUUUACUUCAUGAGAAUAAAUGAAGAACCAAUUCCUCCUUUUGAAACGUACGAAGAAUGUGUUGAUCAAAUGCCAAACUGUAUGAUUGUUGGUUCUAUCAAUGGACACUUUUUAGCAUCUUUAGAAACAUUACUUGUCCAAGUAUUUAAACCUUUGGUUAAUGCACAGUUCAGAGGCCCUCAUUUUGGGAAAUACUAUAAAAUUGAAGAAUCUAACGAAGUACCUUCGGAUAUAGCAAGAGCUUCAGCUACCCUAGCUGAGAUCGCAGAAUCUAAGAGGUCCACAUAUAGAAGGCCAUCCGAUUUUCGACGAGUGUCUGUUUUGCUUUCAAAGGAGAAAAAUGAAACUGAAAAAAGCAUAGGAGAAGAUGAAACAAGUGAUUUUCACGAUGAUAUGACGGUUGAACGUACAUCAAUUAAAAAACCCUUAAAAGCACGUAGUUCAUUAACAAUUUCAACUAAGACAGAGACAGCGGAAGAAAAAAUUGAAAUAGGGCAAAGUAAAAAGGAUAUCUUAGAAUAUUUGGAUAAGCUGUCAGCUAAUGUAGAAUGGACCUUGCAACAUAUAGGAACUGAUAUCCUAUUACCAAUACCAUCAAUUAUUGAAUUAAGAGAUUCUACUGUAUUGGAUGAAGAUAUACAAAGUAAUAAGUACAUCAUUGACCAAUUGGAAGAUAUAAUCAUAUCUUGGGGAGCUCAUAUACAGCAAGUACUAGAAUCGUACACAAAUAAGGUACCCGAAGAUAAAGGGCCAAUAGCUGAAUAUCAUUAUUGGCGCGAGCGUCAGACAGGACUGUCAGUUAUCGUUGAACAGUUUAAAAAUCCUGUUAUCCAGAGAAUAUUAAAAUUAUUGAAUUUGACUGCAUUACAUAUAGCUUCGACUUUUAAUCAUUUUAAAGAUGAACUUUGGAAUUAUUAUAACGAAGCUCGAGAUAAUACAAAAUUUCUCUCCACUAUCAAGAGACAUUUCGAGUUGAUAAGUUACACAGACCAAUACAAACAAAUCAAUGAUGGUAUUUUUUCUUUGGUAAAUGGAUUGAAAAUGAUUUGGAUAUUAUCAUCCUAUUAUUCUUCCGAAGAGAAAAUGAUAUCCUUAUUUGAAAGAAUUUCAUGGCAGCUUUGCCAAAACAUCAGAAAAAAUUUAUCAAUCGACAAGUUAUUUAACAAUUCAUUAGAAAUUGUUUCACAAAAAUCUAGAGAUGCGUAUGAAAUGAUGAAAAAUUGGAAAAAAUCGUAUUUAAGAACAAGAGAUGAUAUUGAGGAAUCAGGAAAGGGUGCACGUUGGGAAUUCGAUCAAAAACAUCUUUUUCAAGAAACCGAAUACAUUGCCAAUGUUUGUAAUGAUUUCAAUACUAUAGCCAAUGUUCUUCAAGAUUUUUACAAUAUAUUUGGAGCUGAUCUAAAAUCAAUCAUUUAUGAGCCAGCGCAUAUUGAUACGAUUAUAAAACGAAUUGGAUUAUUACUAGAACCAUUUAAAUUGGCCGAUUUCGAUGUCUUCAGUCCUUUCAAUAAAGAAAAUUGGGAAGCAACGAUGUCGCGUUUUAAUGCAGAAGUUUCUUAUCUAGAAAAUGAUGCCAAAUUUUUUAUUGAUGAAUGUUUUAAAGUUCUUAUCAACGCAAAAGAUACACUUGAAAUGCUUUUCAAAUUCAAGAAUAGAAAGACUAGAGCUACUAUACGCGAAAUUUUAUUUAGUAAAUUCGAAAUCACUAUGCAACAGUUCAGUAAAGAAAUAGGCUCUGUGGAAAAUAUAUACAACAGGGGUAAACGAAAUCCUCCUUUACUAACAUACCAUCCACCAAUGGCAGGAGCAAUUUUUUGGGCAAGGCAAUUGUUUUAUUGUCUCAGAGGACCAGUGUUAUAUUUUCAGAACAUACAAGAAUUAAAACAUAACGAAUUCAAGCUUAUGAGUUUCAGUCAAUAUCUUGAUAUAGGUAAACAAUUGAAGGCUUUUGAAGAAAUUAAAUUCAAAAGUUGGAUAAACAAAGCAGAAGAAACUAUAACGAAUAUUAUGAAGAGUAACGUGCUAAAAGUAGUACAAAUAGUGGAUUAUGAAGAUGAACGGAAAUUAAUUUCGAGAAAUGAUCUUGCCGUCACCCGUGCAUCAUCGAAAAAGUUAAAGGGGAAGGAACAUUUGAUAUCAAAGCCAAGCAUUGAUACGAUCAGUUCGAUUGGUGGUUCUAAAGUGAUAUCGGUCAAAGGAGCUGUUCGAUCGGUUCAUUCGCAGAAAAAUCAGAAAAUGAUUUCUAUUGUUUCCUUGCAAGAUAAACAAAUUAUUGACAUUCAAAAAAUAAACUACAUUGAAUUUAUGCAAGAUUCUAUUUUGAUCGAGUAUAAAUUACACCUAGAAAUAAACUUCAACUGGGAAAUUUUUGAAAUAAUUCGCGAGGCAGAAUUGAUGGAACAAUUAGGUUUUAAUUUACCUGAUGUUAUAAGAAAUACGGGUCUUCAGAAAAAUCGACUAAGGGCAGACAUUGAGAUGAUAGAACAGAUGAUACAUGAGUAUAACAUGAUCAUCAAUAAGUUAGACAAGCCUGAGAUUCAAUUACUGAAGAGUACUCUUCUUAUUAUCGAAAAACAUAUUCAACCUGGCAUUAUACGAUUUAAUUGGGAUUCUUUGAAUAUAACAGAUUAUGCUAUGUCAUGUGUGAAUUUAUUGAAAAAUUUAAAAUCAAUCAUUGAACAGCUUUAUCAGUUAAAAAAGGAAUUGGAUGAAAGAAUUGAAUCUAAAAUACAGAAUUAUAAUUUAGUGUCUCCAAGUACUGAUGUGUCCGAAUCAAACAAUGAAAGUUUAUUACCUUGCAAGACAUAUUUUGUAAAUAUAGAGUCUCGCAGAACGGAAUUAAUCGGUGCAAUGUUAAAAGCAUAUAAAUCCACAAGUCCUAUAUUGUUAAAAAUUGAGAGCUUAGUAGAAGGAAGAUCUACUGGAAAGUGUCCAACAAUGCACCUCUUUUAUGAAAAAUAUGAAAAGAAUAUAUUUGUAGCGCUUACAACAUGCAUUGUAAACAAUAUGGAGUUCUUAAACAAGAUGUUGUCUGGUAAUAAUGUGAUGUUUCAAGUAGAUGCUGUAUUAAUAGCAUCGGAAGUUAUCUUGAGACCGUCGCCUAAUGAAAUUAAUAAUAUUAUUUUGCACGACAUUUUGGAUCUAUUAGAGAGAUUAAAAGAAUUUCCCAGGUGGAUGAACGGUUCUUGCUUAGAAUGUAAACCGCAAAAAAAAUAUCCUUCGGGCGACUUCUUUACAGUUUCUUUCUUCGAAGAUGUAAUGAGUAUACAAAUGAUUAAUGAUCUUAUAAUAGCAGUUCAGGACACUGCUUAUAAAAUAUCCGUUGAUUGCUGGGGAUAUUUACAAAAAUGGAAAAAGUAUUCUAAUCUUUGGACUUUUGAUAAAAUUGUAGCUGGAGAAAAGUUUGCAUCCACUAAACCCACGCUUCGACAAUAUGAUGAAAAGUUUACGUUUUAUGGUGGUAUUUUAGAAGAGCUUGACGAUAUGGCACAUAAUAUCGACAUAUCGAGCGUACGGAUCAAUUUAAAACCAUUAAUGAGAGGUAUAGAACAACAUGCAAUGGAAUGGAAGCAAGUACUUGGUAAUUUUCUCCUUGUCGACACCGUUAAAGAAAUGAACGAGUUUAAAGAUCUAAUCGAGCAGUACCGCGAAAAAGUUGAAUUGAUAAUCACCGGACUAGAACGCUUUACAAUGAUUAUGCAAGCAAUUUCUGAUAUAAAAAAAAUGGCAAUUCAAGCAGAAGUACAAUAUAUAUUGUAUCAGGAAACUUUCAAAACCCUACGUGCACAUGGAAUAGUAUUUUCAGAAAUGGAUGAAAAAAUGGCUUAUGAACUCCAAACUGAUUGGGAAUCUUUGUACCUUGGAGCUCUUUAUCGAGCUUCGACAAUAAUAACUACUAGGGAGAAAUUUGCCGAAAUGAUAGAAGAUCAAAUGAUAGAAUUCGAUGAUGAACUUGUAAAAUUCAUUGAAGACUUUCAAAAUAAUGGUCCAGGCAGUGUAAAGGAUGAUCUUGAUCUCGGUCUACAAAAGAUGAUUGAUUAUGGACAAUUGAUAGAGAAAUAUGAUGAACAGCGACGUAAUUUGGUCAACUCUCAGAUAUUAUUUGAUCUUGAUCCAGCUGAUUAUUCAAAAUUCUUGAAAGUCAAGGAAGACUACGAGGGCAUGGAAAAGUUAUAUGCUUUGUAUAAAGAUCAAAAAACUGCUAGGAGCGAAUGGGCUCAGACAUUGUGGGUAAAUUUGAAUCCGCAACAGUUACUUGAUGGCAUGGAACACUUCAUCAAACAGUUUCAAAGAUUCCCCAAGGCAGUUAAAAAACUGGACGUUGGACAGACAUUGGAAAUUAAUAUGAGAAACUUUAAAAAUUCUGUGCCAUUAUUUGUUGAGUUGAAAAACGAAGCGAUGCGUGAAAGACAUUGGAUCGAUUUAAUGAACAAAACUGGACAACACUUUGAUAUGAAACCAGAUAGGUUUACAUUAGAAAAUAUGUUUGCCAUGGAUUUGGGAAGGUAUCAGGAAAUAGCACAGAGCAUUGUGACAAAUGCUAUAAAGGAAUUAUCAAUAGAAAAAGGGGUAAAAGAAAUAGCAGACAUUUGGAAAAGCACGGAAUUUACCGUAAUACCACAUUUUAAAGGACUUGAAGAUCGUGGAUUCGUUCUUGGUCCCAUUGAAGAGCUUAAUCAAAUUUUAGAAGAUAAUAUGUUAAAUGUGAGCAGCAUGGCAGCCUCACAGUUUAUUGGACCCUUUCUUAAUAUAGUUCAAAAAUGGGAAAUUGCUAUGCAUACGAUAUCAGAAGUAUUGGAACUAUGGAUAGAACUUCAACGAAAGUGGCUAUAUUUGGAAGGUAUUUUUGUGGGAGGCGAUAUUCGAUUGCAACUUCCAGACGAGGCCAGAAAAUUUGAUGACAUUGACAAAGCGUACAGAAAGAUUAUGACUGAUACCGCAAGGAAAUUAAAUGUCCAUGAUUGCUGUACCAUUCAAGGAAGAAAGGACGAAUUUAUGUCGAUGAUCACUGGACUCGAUAGAUGUCAAAAGUCACUGUCGGAUUAUUUGAACAGCAAACGAAUUAUCUUUCCAAGGUUUAGUUUCAUCAGUGAUGAUGAAUUACUGAGCAUUCUUGGUAGCAGUGAUCCGUCAGUGAUUCAAGAGCAUAUUGGCAAAAUGUUUGAUAACUUAGAUAAGUUAAAUCUAACUUUAGAUGGGAAAAAAAGAACUAUAGUUACUGCACUUAUAUCAUGCGAAAAAGAAAUCAUGGAAUUUAAGAAUGUUGUGAUUGCUGAAGGAAACAUAGAAAACUGGAUGGUUUCGGUUUUGAAUGAAAUGAAAAUAUCUAAUCGAUAUUUAACAAAAAAAGCAGUCUACGAUUAUGGGAAAAUUAGGCGUCCAAGAUCUGAAUGGAUAUUAGAUUUUCAAGGAAUGAUGAUACUUGCUGCUGAUCAAAUUUGGUGGACUGCUGAAGUGGAAAAUGUUUUUAAUAAAAUAUCGAUGGGAAAGAAACAAGCUAUGAAAGAAUAUCUGCAACAAUUGAACAAUCAACUUGAUGAAGUGGUAUCCUUAAUGGGAGGUGAUACGCUUACAAAUAACGACAGAAAAAAAUUGGAUGCUUUAUUAACGAUUGAUGUACACAUGCGUGACAUAGUUGAAGGUUUUGUGAGAGAUAAUAUUAUAGAUGCGGUAGAGUUCGAAUGGGAAAGUCAGUUAAGAUUUUACUGGGUACACGAUCUUGACAAUAUGUGGAUAAAUCAGUGUACGGGAACAUUCGAAUAUGGAUAUGAAUAUAUGGGCCUUAACGGACGAUUAGUAGUGACUCCUUUAACAGAUAGAAUAUAUUUAACCCUUACUCAAGCAUUGUCAAUGCAAUUGGGUGGUGCACCUGCUGGUCCCGCUGGUACUGGAAAAACUGAGACAACAAAGGAUUUAGCCAAAGCCAUAGGUCUAUUAUGCAUUGUUACAAAUUGUGGAGAGGGAAUGGAUUAUGUUGCCAUAGGUAAAACAUUGGGUGGACUAGUUCAGUGUGGAGCAUGGGGCUGUUUUGAUGAAUUCAAUCGCAUUGAUAUUUCUGUAUUGUCCGUUAUCUCGACCCAACUUCAAACUAUACGUUCGGCAUUGCAAAUGAGAAGUAAAUAUUUCAUGUUCGAAGGUUAUGAUAUCCCUUUGGAUACAAAAGUGGGCAUAUUUAUCACUAUGAAUCCUGGAUAUGCCGGUCGAACGGAAUUACCAGAAUCCGUUAAGGCCCUCUUUAGACCGGUAGUAUGUGUUGUGCCAGAUAACGAAUUGAUUUGUCAAAUCAAACUCUUCAGUGCUGGUUUCCUCACGGCAAAAGUUCUUGCGAAAAAGAUGACUGUUUUACACGUACUGGCAGAAGAACAACUUAGCAAACAAACGCAUUAUGAUUUUGGAUUAAGAGCUAUGAAAUCUGUACUUAAUAUGGCUGGACAUUUAAAAAGAACAUCUGGCGAUUUAGCAGAGAAUCUUGUCCUAAUGAGAGCUCUCAGGGAUAUGAAUCUACCUAAAUUUAUAUAUGACGAUGUACCGUUAUUUUUGGGUCUGAUUAAAGAUCUAUUUCCUGAUCUUGACUGUCCCAGGAUAGAAUAUCCACACUUUAAUAAAGCUGUAAUCAAGAUGUUGGAAGAAAAUAACUAUAUUGUUUUAAACGAACAAAUUGAGAAAAUUGUUCAACUUUAUGAGGUCAUGAUGGGUAGACACUCAACAAUGGUUGUUGGUCCUACUGGAGGUGGAAAAACCGUUAUUAUCGAAAUAUUAUGUAUGGCCCAAACUUACUUGGAUAUUCACACCAAGCUUUACAUCUUAAAUCCAAAGGCAUGCACUGUGAUCGAGUUAUACGGUAUACUAGAUCCAAUAACACGCGAAUGGACAGAUGGUCUUCUUAGUAAUAUUUUUCGCGAAAUCAAUAAACCUCUUGAUUCUGAACAAGAAGAAAGAAAGUACAUAUUAUUUGAUGGAGAUGUCGAUGCGUUGUGGAUCGAGAAUAUGAAUUCAGUAAUGGAUGAUAAUAAGCUUUUGACUUUGCCUAAUCAAGAAAGAAUAAAACUACAAAACCAUUGUAGUCUUCUUUUUGAGGUAGGCGAUUUGCAAUAUGCAUCUCCUGCUACUGUAUCAAGAGCUGGUAUGGUUUAUGUAGAUCCAAAAAAUUUGGGUUAUCAACCAUAUAUGGACAAAUGGAUAAAAUCUAAAAAUGAAAAUGACCAAGAAUUCCUUGCUCGAAUGUGUGAAAAAUAUGUACACGGGGCACUUAAUCUUAUUAUAGAGGGAAUGUUGGGAUUGCAAAGAGUGAAACCGCUUCACAUGAUUAUACCUCAGACAAAUUUAAACAUGGUAAUUCAACUUGCAUACGUAUUUGAUGGAUUGCUACAAGCUGAAGAGGAAACGUUAGAAAGCAAGUCUUAUGUAACGGAUCAAGAUGAACAGUCGGUCCAUUAUGAAUAUACUGCAAGUAGAGAAGAUCUACUAGAAGCUAUGUAUCUUCAGUCCUGUUAUUGUUCCUUAGGAGCUACUUUAAUAGAGGAUUCUAGAAAGAGUUUCGACGAUUAUAUGAAAAAAACCUCUGGUUUUAUGCUCGUCGAAGAUACGAGUGAAAAACCAGCAACGAUACGAUUUAUACCAAUUCUAUUCAGUACAUUAUACGAAUAUUUUUUGGACAUGCAAAAGAAAAUAUGGAUGCCAUGGAAAUGGCUUGUACCUUCAUAUAUUCACGAUCGGGUAAAAAACUUUUCGGAGAUAUUAGUACCAACUGAAGACACACUUCGAGCAAUAUGGUUUAUUACUCUAAUGAAUGAUCUACAAAGGCCUACACUUUUGGUUGGCGAAACUGGUACCUCCAAAACAGCUAUAAUUCACGAUUUUUUAAGGCGCAUCGAUUCCGAGAAAUAUAACAAAUUACCAAUAAAUUUCUCAUCGAGAACAACCUCGAUGGAUGUACAGAAAAAUAUUGAAUCGGCUGUGGAAAAACGAUCCAGAGAAAUAUAUGGGCCACCUCCAGGGAAAAAAUUAAUUAUUUUCAUAGAUGAUAUGAAUAUGCCGAUAGUAGACACGUACGGGACUCAACAACCAAUUGCCUUUCUCAAGUUAUUAUUUGAAAGGGGUGGUUUGUACGGUCGUGGAAAAGAUCUGAAUUGGAAAUAUAUAAAAGAUAUUUGCUAUAUAGCUGCAAUGGGAAAACCUGGUGGUGGAAGAAACGAGGUCGAUCCGCGAUUUAUUUCCAUGUUUUCGGUUUAUAAUGUCACUUUCCCAAUGAAACAAACGCUUCAAUAUAUUUAUAAGAGUAUUUUAAACGGGCAUCUAGAAAUAUUUCCAGAAGAAGUGCAAUCUACUGUAGAUAACAUUGUUCAUAUUACGUUGGAACUUUAUCAGAUAGUUUUAAUGGAAUUAUUGCCCACGCCAUCAAAAUUUCAUUAUAUCUUUAAUAUGAGAGAUCUUUCAAGAAUAAUGGCAGGGGUAGUUCAAAGUCACCCGGAUUACUUUCCAACUGCAGAACGAUUCGUUCGGCUUUGGAGAAAUGAAUUUACAAGAGUCAUAUGCGAUAGAUUAAUUACCGAGGAUGAUCAGAAUUUGAUAAAAGAAGAUAUAACAAACAAGAUCAAACAUACUUGGGAAGAAGAACCUACAUUGAUCGAGUACACGUUAAGAGAUCCAUUGCUUUAUGGAGAUUUUAGAAAUGCCUGUUAUGAGGAUGAGCCAAGAUAUUAUGAGGAUCUGUUAGACUACGAAGCUGUGUACAAUUUGUUUUUGGAGAUUUACGAAGAAUACAACGAAAGGAAUGUUACAAAAUUGCAAAUGGUUCUUUUUAAUGAUGCAUUAGAACAUCUUACAAGAAUUCAUCGUAUUCUUAGGAUGCACCGUGGCCACGCUCUCGUAGUAGGCACCAGUGGCAGUGGAAAACAGUCAGUAAUAAGGCUUGCUUCGUUCGCUGCUAACUGUCAGGUCUUUGAGAUCAACUUAAGUCGAGGAUACAAUGAAAAUAUGUUUCGCGAUGAUUUGAAGAGAUUGUACAACAUGAUCGGCGUCGAGAAUAAGAAAAUUGUAUUUUUGUUCACUGCUUCCCACAUCGUGGAUGAAAGUUUUCUGGAAUUGAUCAAUAAUAUGCUCAUGACGGGUCUAGUGGCUACUCUUUUCUCCGACGAAGAAAAGGAUAUUAUUAUCAGUUCGUGUAGAGAUACUGCUGUGAAAGCUGGUUUUGACAUUACGAAGGAGAGUGUAUGGGCAUAUUUUGAAAAGACAUGUAUCGAUAAUUUACGCAUUGCCUUAUCUAUGAAUCCUGCCGGUGAUUUAUUGAGAAUACGCUGCCGUAAUUAUCCUGGUUUGGUGAACAGUACUACCAUAGAUUGGAUGUUUCCAUGGCCAGAUCAGGCGCUGAUGGCAGUAGCUAAUGUUACUUUAAGAGAUAACCCAAAUCUGCCGCAAGAAUAUAGAGAAAACAUAGUGUUACAUAUGGUGCACGUUCACAAGUCUGUUGGACAAUAUAUCGCAGACUUUCUAACGAUAUUAAGGCGAAAAAAUUACGUCACACCGAAGGAUUAUCUUGAUUUUAUAAACACAUUCUUGCGUUUGUUAAUCGAAAAAAGAGAUUAUAUUAACGCACAAUGCGAUCGUCUGUCCGGAGGUUUACAAAAGAUCGAAGAAGCGUCGAUCACUUUGGCCGAAUUGAAUGAUAUUCUGGCUGUGCAAAGAAUUAAAGUAGCCGACCAAACGAAGAAUUGUGAGCAAUUAUUAAGUUCGAUUGGUGAAAGUACAGAUAUUGCAAUGGAUAAAAAAGAACAAAGUGUGGAUAAGCAAAGGGAAAUCGAGGAGAAAAAAAAGCUCAUUGCCAAAGAAGAAUCCGAAGCCAAAACAGCUCUUGCUGCGGCUCAGCCAGCCUUAGACGCUGCGAGGAUGGCUCUUGGGGAACUCGAUAAAUCGGACAUCACCGAAAUAAGAUCAUUUGCCACGCCUCCAAAGCCGGUCCAAAUUGUUUCUGAAUGUGUUGCCAUAUUGCGAGGUGUUAGGGACAUAUCUUGGAAAGGAGCAAAGGGUAUGAUGAGCGAUCCAAGUUUUUUAAGGCUGCUACAAGAAAUGAACUGUGAACAGAUUACGCAUAAACAGCAGCAAGCUGUCAGAGCACACUUAAGAAAGUCUACGAAGAUGGAUCAAAUGGAGUCGAUUAGCAAAGCUGGAUAUGGUCUUUAUAAAUUUGUGUUGGCUGUGUUAGAUUACUGCGCUGUUUACAGAGAGGUCAAACCCAAGAUAGAAAGGGUCCAAAUGCUAGAAAUUGAAUCUGAGAGGGCACAAAGAGCUUUAGAAAAAGAAGAAAGGGAAUUAAAACGAAUUGAGACGAUUAUAGGAGAAUUAAAUGUAAAAUACGAAACUGCCAUGACGGAAAGGCAGAAGCUUCAAGAAGAAACGAAUCUUUUGCAACGGAGGUUGAUUGCUGCCGACAAAUUAAUCGGCGGUCUUUCGUCGGAAAAUAUUCGUUGGCAAAAAGAACUGAAAGGGUUACACGAGGAGGAAGAAAAGAUAAUUGGAAAUAGCCUCCUUUCUUCCGGAUUUCUCGCCUACUGUGGGCCAUUUUCAUACGAAUUCAGGAACGAUAUGAUUUACAAUAACUGGUCGAAAAGCAUCAUAGAAAAGAAGAUACCGCUUUCACAACCGUUUACUAUACAGACACAGCUUAGCGACGAUGUGGAAAUCAGCAAGUGGACCUCGGAAGGGCUUCCACCGGAUGAGCUUUCCGUACAAAAUGGUAUCCUGACGUUGAAAGCCUCAAGAUUCCCAUUGUGCAUUGAUCCUCAGCAACAAGCAUUAGAGUGGAUUAAAAGAAAAGAACGAAAUAAAAACUUGAAGAUUAUUUCUUUUGCCGAUGCAGAUUUUUUGAAACAAGUCGAACUAGCGAUAAAAUAUGGUUUGCCAAUUUUAUUUCAAGAUGUUGACGAAAUCGAUCCAGUUAUAUAUAAUGUUUUAUCGAAAAACAUUCAAUCGAUAGCAGGACGAACCUUUGUUAUGUUGGGUUCUAAAGAAGUCGAUUACGAUCCACGAUUUCGAAUAUACUUAACGACGAAAAUGUCGAAUCCUGACUUUAAUCCAGCCGUCUAUUCGAAAGCCAUUGUCAUAAAUUACACGGUGACUACUGCCGGUCUAGAGGAUCAAUUGUUAUCAGUAGUAGUGAGAACCGAACGACCAGAUAUCGAAGAACAACGUGAAAGGCUUAUAGCCGAAAUAAGUGAAAAUAAAAAUUUACUCAAACAAUUGGAGGACAGUCUUUUACGAGAAAUUGCCAUGAAUCAGGGAAAUAUGCUGGAUAACAUUGACUUGAUCGAAACUUUAGAAAAUACCAAAUCGAGCGCUAGCGAAGUAACAACGAAACUAUUCCUUGGUGAAGUCACGGCGGUUGAUUUAAAUAAAUUACGGGACGGUUAUCGGCCUGUAGCAAAAAGAGGGGCUAUUUUGUUUUUUGUUUUAGCUAAAAUGCCAACGGUGAAUAGGAUGUAUCAAUAUUCCUUAAACAGCUACGUCGAAGUUUUCAUAUAUUCCUUAAAAAAGUCUUUACCAGAUCCAACUUUGGUCAGACGUCUUCGUAACAUUAUUCCGAUAUUGACAAAAAAUGUUUAUGAUUAUGGCUGCACAGGAAUAUUCGAAAAGCAUAAGAUUCUUUAUUCGUUCAAGAUCUGUACAGAUAUAGAACAAAGUAUCGGUAAUAUAACACCGCAACAACUGGAUUUCUUUAUCAAAGGAUGCGUUACUACUAAGAUGUCAACUAGAGUGAACCCUACUACAUGGCUACCUUCCAGUGGAUGGGAAGACCUAUUAAAAUUAUCUAAUGAUUUUCCUGAAACUUUUGCAACUCUACCUGAUGACGUUACGAAAAAUAUCGAUCACUGGAAAGAUUGGUAUGACAUGGAUGAUCCGGAAUUACAAGAAUUUCCCUCUAAUUAUUCUACCGUAUUAAAGCCAUUCGAAAAAUUAAUGUUGAUACGAUGUUUUCGUGUGGAUCGAGUCUAUCGUGCCGUUAUCAAUUAUAUAAUCGAAGUUAUGGGGGAAGAAUACGUAACGCCACCCCAUAUAAGCCUGGAUUUAAUUUUUGAACAGUCUACUGCUAUGAUGCCAAUCAUUUUUAUUUUAAGUCCUGGUUCGGAUCCUACCUCUGAGCUAAUGAAACUGGCAGAACGAUACAGUUUCGCUGUUGGAAAAUUCAAAUACUUAUCGCUUGGUCAAAAUCAAGAGAAGAAUGCAAUAGAAUUAUUAGAGGCAGCUAUAUUCAGAGGACAAUGGUUAAUGUUACAAAAUUGUCAUUUAUUAUUACAUUUCAUCAAAGAAUUAGAAAAUCGUUUAGACAAUCUAGAGAAACCGCAUCCUGAUUUUCGUCUAUGGCUUACUACUGAUCCAACUCCCAAUUUUCCCAUAGGGAUUUUGCAACAGUCUUUAAAAGUUGUUACAGAGCCACCAAACGGUUUAAAACUUAAUUUACAAAAUACUUACUUGAAAAUGCCACCACAGAUUCUGGAAAAUUGUAAUCAUCCUGCCUAUAAACACCUCAUUUAUGUACUAGCAUUCUAUCAUGCAGUUAUACAGGAAAGAAGAAAAUAUGAUAAAAUUGGAUGGAAUAUAAAUUAUGAUUUUAAUGAAUCGGAUUUUAAUGUAUGUACUUCUAUAUUAGACACUUACUUGACCAAAGCUUUAAGAUCUAAUGAUCCAAGAAUACCAUGGAAAAGUUUAAAAUACUUAAUAGGAGAAGUGAUGUAUGGUGGUAGAGUAACCGAUAGUUAUGAUCGUCGAGUGUCGGAAACUUACAUGAAUGAAUUUUUUGGCGAUUUCCUAUUCGAUACCUUUCAACCUUUUCAUUUCUAUUAUGACGACUAUGUUGAUUAUAUCAUACCACCAGAGGGUGAUCACGAAGAGUAUUUAAAUUUCAUCGAAGAAUUACCGUUGGUCAAUACCCCAGCGGUUUUUGGUCUUCAUUCUAAUGCCGAAAUUGGUUACUUUACUCAAGCUACUAAAGAGUUAUGGGCCAAUUUAAUAGAGCUACAACCACAAACAGCUGUUAGCAUAACAGGAAUCAGUAAAGAAGAAUUUAUAGAUAACAUAGCAAAAGAAAUUCUUGAAAGGAUACCUCUAGAAUUUGACAUAAGUAAAAUAAGAAGAAGUUUUGGAAUGGAUAUCACUCCAUCAACGAUUGUGCUCUUGCAAGAAUUAGAAAGGAUCAAUAAAUUGAUAAAUACAAUUUCAAAGACUCUUUCUCAGCUACGAAAGGCUAUUGCUGGAGAGAUAGGAAUGGAUACCACUCUUGACAAUAUUUCCGUUGCCCUGUAUAAUGGUGUUUUACCUAAAGAAUGGCUCAGACUAGCGCCAGACACAAGAAAAAAUCUUGCUAAUUGGAUGGAUCACUUUCAGAAGAGAAUAAAACAAUAUACAGAUUGGAGUACUACCGACGAGCCAGUAGUUAUGUGGUUGUCUGGUUUGCAUGUGCCAGAGACUUAUUUAGCAGCUCUAGUACAAAUAACAUGUCGUAGAAAUAAUUGGCCGUUAGAUCAUUCACUUAUUUAUACGACCGUAACAAAAUUUACUAGAGUCGAUGCUAUAGAAGAAAGGCCUGAACAAGGUUGUUACAUACAUGGCCUGUACUUGGAAGGAGCACGGUGGGACGUAGAGGAAAGCUGUCUUAAAAGAUCUCAUCCAAAAAUUCUUACCGAGGAAUUACCAAUUCUUUUAGUAAUACCAAUUCAAGCUCAUAGACUCAAACUUCAGAAUACAGUAAAAACACCAGUGUACACAACAUCAAAUAGACGCAGUGCAAUGGGUAAAGGUUUGAUAUUUGAAGCAGAUCUUUCGACAGAGGAACAUAUUUCGCACUGGAUUCUACAAGGCGUAUGCCUUUUACUUAACACAGACUGA